GUAAAAAUUGUUUUGAUGCAGAGUGAUGCAGAAUUUUGAGCUCGAUAAAAAUCAUUGAAAGUUUUAACGUUAAAACUCUAGUUCUACAACGUGCAUUUAUUAUUUAAUCGUUAAGUUUCAUAAUUGAUAGUAAGAUAAUUUUUAUUGAACCAGCUACACGUUAAAAAUGUCGGACAGGUUGAAAAGUACGCUUAAUGUUUCGAACGAGGAAGUUAUUGAGGACUUAACUAAAGAUUUGGAGUUAGCUUUGCGUUCUGGUGAUGAUGGUGACUUUGUUGUGAGUCCGGGCAGUCGUGCUGAAGAUUUUCAGCCCUCUGCGGGCGAUUCGGCGAGGGAAAGUCAUCCAGGUGACAUUCCACUCAGUGAUGAAGACCCAGACAAAACCUCAAAAGCAGAAAGCGACAAAGAAGACAGCGACACAGACUCAAUAGACUCGGUGUCACUCAAAGAUGCAGAAGUGGAACUGACUGAAGACCAGAAGGAAGAGAGACGGGUCAUAGCCGAGACGCUGAAAGUUGCUGGAAAUGAGGCCUACAGGGUGGCUGAGUACGAGAAGUGCAUUGAGAAGUAUACUGAAGCAUUACGACUCUGCCCUCUCAAGUACUCGGAACAGAGGUCGAUAUUGUACUGCAACAGAAGUGCAGCCAAAAUGAAGCUAGAGAAAUAUAAGAAAGCCAUAAAAGACUGUACCAAAGCCAUUGAAUUGGACGAUAAAUACUUGAAAGCUUACUACAGACGGGCACAGUGCUACGAAGCCACAGACAAGCUAGAUGAGUGCCUAGCGGACUACAAGAAGAUUCUAGAACUGGACCCAUCCCAUAAAGAAGCAAAAACCGCCACCCUCCGCCUCCCAGCAAUGAUCGAAGAACGGAACGAGAAACUCAAAACGGAAAUGCUGGGAAAACUCAAAGACCUUGGAAACAUGAUCCUGAAACCGUUCGGACUUUCCACGGAAAACUUCCAAUUGGAACAGGACUCGGAAUCCAAGGGAUAUAAGAUUAAUUUUAAGCAAUAGCAUUUAUAAUAAAAAUGUAUACACAGUGAAAAUUUUGUGGUUUUGGAGCUGUGGCGAAGUGAAUUGCCUCAAGCAGUACUAUCCAUUUCGACCAUUCAUAUUAACCCUAGUAUUAAAAUAAAAAAAAUUGAAUCGAGAAAUUAUUGUUUGGGAAAAUUCGCGAACCAGUAGUAGUAGGUCGCUUUGUCUCGGAGUGGCGCGGGCGCUUGCACUCGGAGCGGCGCGGGCACCUGCACUCAGAGCGCAUGCGUAUUCGCCGCCUGCUACUAAUGUUUCUCACAGAUUCGAGUUUGUGUCGAAAUAUUUUUUGACGUGACAACGUCUUAUAAUUCGAUAGAGCCGGCUACACGCACCAAAAAACAUGACUCAUGCGGCGUUACCUCACUCU